AUGUUCUUCUCCAUUGGGGGCAAGUCCUCCAAGAUGAAGCCGGCGACGGCCAUCAACAGCAACGUCUGGUACCACGUCACCGAGGGUCGGGUGGACAGGGCCGGCCGCAAGUUCUCCUCGAUGCUGCAAGUCGACUCGUCGACCAACAGCCUCAAAGUCUGGCCCGUCUCCGAACCCCCGCACUACUGGCAGUUCCAGGCCGUCGGCGACAGCGACCAGGCCCGGUACGUCGUCCGCAACUCGCGCGACGGCGCCGCCAAGCAGCUCUCCGCCUGCCGCAACGAGACGGAGCCGGCCGACGGUCAGACCGGCCUGUGCAUGGCCGCCGCCAACGGCGCCGACGACGCGCAGGUCUGGCGCCUCGACCAGUGGGGGGCCGACAUGGUCAAGGACGGCCUGCGCUUCGUCAACGUCGCCAACGGCACGCGCUUCUGGCUCGACGUCCACAAGGGCAACCCGCCGUUUAUGAAUGGCAGCGUUGUCACCGGCAGCGACGAUGGCAAGGAGGCGGAUGAUGAGGAUGAUGCCAAGGGCGAGCCCUCGCAGCACUGGUACUUGACGAGCGCGCAGGCCGUCAACGCCAUCGAGUACUCGACGAUUCCGACUCUUAGCUCCACGGGAACACAGACAACAGCUACGGCCGGGACGACUUCAGACUCGGAACCAACCGCUUCAGCCGGCGCCGAAGCUACUGACGCCACCACCAAGACCGAGCUGUCCCCCGGCGCGCAGGCCGGCAUCGGCAUCGCCGUCGCUCUCGGCGUCAUCGCACUGGGCGUUGCCGCGCUUCUCCUCUGGCGCCGCCGUCGCAGGACACAACAACAACAACAACAACAACAACAACAACUAGACCCAACCCCCUUCACCGCCGCAGCCAUCCCACCCGGCACACCCAACACGAACAAGCCCUUGCCGCCCAUCGGCGCCGCCGCCGCCGCCGAGGACGAGAAGAAGGUGUACGAGCUUCCCGACGCCGACCACAACGGCAGCUACUACAAACUGCCGCAGGAGCUGCCCACCCCCACGGGGCCGCUGUCGCCGCGGCUGGCCCGCGAGAUCGAGGCCCAGCGCUACGAGCUCGACUCGACACCCGUUUCACGGUAG